CUCCUGACUACACCAGAGGCAUUUUUCAGAGCAUAGGCUUUAAGGAAUUCCAUGAGUUCUUAAUCUUGCCUGAGGAAGAAAAAGAAACUGAUAAAGGAAGAAAGUUAUAUGAGGCAGGAGUUCAGUCAAUGAAAUUAGGAUCCAAGGGUGUAGGCUCCACCAUUGACUCAGUCCCUGGCCAGGGGGAUUAAGAUGGUGAAGCCCCAGGUGGACCCUUCUUGAUAUUCAGCAUUUUGAGGACCUAGGAAUGACUCCAAAUUUAUUAUGGGCAACACGACAAUAUACGAAGAAGCAAAUAAGAUGGAUAAAAAAUAGGUUUCUUCUGACACCGGGACGACAGGUUCCUCCAGUAUAUACAGUUGAUGGGACAGAUCCUAGCCAAUGGAAUAAAAGAGUGCGUGAUCCAGCUCAGAGUAUUAUUCAGGCAUUUAUUGAUGGUACACAGCCAGACCAGGAGACAGCUAAUAUACCAGAGGACUCAAAAACACCAGCUGAUGUAAACAGAAAUGAUAAAACACGAUAUGAAUGUACGGUCUGUAAUCGGGUGAUAAUUGGAGAACGGAUUUGGAAGGCACACCUAGGAGGAGGAAAGCAUAGGAGGAUGCUGAAAAAACAACAGCGCCUUGCUAGUGAAAAAACUCAAGUUUCUUUGUGUGCCCCUACAGUAGAAACUAAAACCUGAGCACCACUGAACUUUAAAUUUAUUGAAGGAAAUAAAAUAUUAUGAAGACAAA